UCGAGCAUCACGACACCUACACGCACAGUCUCACAGACAAUAACUUUGUAAUAAUGAGUGUUGCGGUGAGGAAGUCCUCGUCGGCAAUUAUCAGGCCACCGGAGUCAAUGACGACGACGACGAGUGGUGCUGAUGCCAUAAAGCUCACAACUAUGGACAGGGGUUUUGUCAUGAUUCCUCCAUUCACAGUGUUGCUCGUGUUUGAGCAUCUGAGCCAUGAGGCCGUUGAGGGCGUAAGGAGGGCGCUGUCCCAGGCACUUGUCCACUACUACCCGUUUGCUGGUCGCAUUUCUUCAUCAGGAGCCGGAGACGAUGGAUUCAGCAUCCGGUGCACCGGCGAGGGUGUGGAAUUCGUCACCGGAUCAGUCGACUGCGGCUUGACGGAAGCGAAGAUCUUUGGCGAACUGUCCAGCGCGAAGACCCUCCUCGACGAGCUCGCCGUCUUCUACCCGGUUGGGAGCUACGGCUCCGACGACCCUCUGCUGUCCGUGCAGGUGACCGAGUUCUCUUGCGGUGGGGUCGUCCUCGGGGCGACAUGGAACCACGCCGUCGCCGACGGCCCUGGGAUCGCCCAGUUCCUGGCCGCUGUCGGCGAGCUCGCCCGUGGGCUGCCGUCACCGUUGAUCCUUCCAGCCAGGUACGACGACGCGGUCUCCCGCCUCCCUCCGCUGUCGAAUCCGAUAGUGCAUGACGUGUUGGCGUGCCCCGAGUCACCGGACAUGGAGCUUGUCGUCUCCCUCGAGGUCAUGGUCCCCUCAGCCCUGAUCGACCGCGUCAAGGCAGAGUACCGAAGCUGCUCCGACGACAACGGCCGGCCGUGCACGACGUUCGAGGCCGUCCUCGCCAUCCUGUGGCGGUCCCGCGUCCGCGCCACCAUGCCCGCCAGCUCGGAGACGACCCCGGUUCUUCUCACCUUCGCCACCGACAUGCGCGGGUGCGUGGGCGCCAGAGCCGGCUACUACGGCAACUGCAUCGCCAACCAGCCGAUCGCGGCAACAAGCGGCGCGGUGGCAAGCGCGAGCCUCGUGGACCUCGUCGGGAUGGUCAAGCGCGCCAAGGCCCGGCUGCCGGACAAGCUCAAGGAGGAGCAUGGGAGCGGCAGCGCCCAGCAAAGGUUAUUUGCUGGGGGGCGGCGGUACAACAUGCUGCACGUGUCGUCAUGGAGGAACAUCGGCUUCGAAGGGGUCGACUUGGGGGGCGAGCCGCCGGCGAGGGUGAUGUACCAUUCGCGGUGGGGCGGGCCGCCGCCGUUUCCGAUCAGCAUGGUGUACCCGCCGUGCAGGGGGAAGGACGGGGUCAACGUGCUGUUGGUCGCGGUGAAGGAGGAGCAUGCAGAGGCGUUCCUUGGCGAACUGGAAAGGCACACAUGAGGAGGUGUUCCAACCCGGCCGGGUAAUGGCGGCAGGUCCGACGAGCACUUCGAUUGCCUACAGGUGUUCGGCCUCCGCCCCGACCUCUUCGCCGGCCGCCUCCACUUGGCACAAUCGAGAAAGUUUGUUUUUUACCAAAUUAUAUUUGGAUUUGGUAUUAAUAAUAAUAAUAAUAUAGCUCUAAAAUAUUUGUGGCA